GCCUUAUCGAGCCAGAGCUUAACUUUAUCUUCCACACAACUCUACUAUCUUCAGGUCCAGACAACGGAAAAGGGUGGUUCGCUGUGCAAACUGAAUUGAUUGCAGACAGAGGGAUGGCCUGUGCAACACAGUGGACAUCACAUCACACAAGCUUCUAGAGGUGUGCUAUGACAGUGUGCACAGCUGUGUGCGAGUGAGCUGCAUUGCUAGGCUGGCGAGGCAGGAGGUUAGCUGUACUCUGUUUCAUCUGAGAGGUGGAGGGAGCUGCAUGAUUCUGCGAGGAUGAACCGCUACACCACUCUGAAGCAGCUGGGGGACGGCACCUACGGCAGCGUGCUGAUGGGCAAGAGCAAUGAGUCUGGGGAGCUGGUGGCCAUCAAAAGAAUGAAGAGGAAGUUCUACUCCUGGGAAGAGUGCAUGAACCUGAGAGAGGUGAAGUCACUAAAGAAGCUGAACCAUGCCAACGUGGUGAAGCUGAAGGAAGUCAUCAGAGAAAAUGAUCACUUGUACUUUGUCUUUGAGUACAUGAAAGAGAAUCUCUACCAGCUGAUGAAAGACAGGGAAAAUAAGAUGUUCACUGAAAAUGAAAUAAGGAACAUCAUGUUUCAAGUGCUCUCUGGUUUGGCAUUUGUGCACAAGCAUGGGUUUUUCCAUCGAGACAUGAAGCCGGAGAAUCUGCUGUGUAUGGGUCCUGAGCUGGUGAAAAUAGCAGACUUUGGUCUGGCCAGAGAGAUCCGCUCUCGGCCUCCCUACACGGACUAUGUCUCUACACGAUGGUAUCGAGCUCCAGAGGUCCUCCUGAGGUCAUCCAUGUACAGUUCGCCAAUUGACAUUUGGGCAGUGGGCUGCAUCAUGGCAGAGCUCUACACCUUACGACCUCUUUUCCCUGGCAACAGCGAAGUUGAUGAGAUCUUCAAAAUCUGCCAGGUUCUUGGUACAGUUAAGAAGACGGACUGGCCGGAGGGUUAUCAGCUGGCAGCAGCAAUGAACUUCCGCUUCCCUCAGUGUGUGCCCACGGCUCUUAAGACCCUCAUCCCCAAUGCCAGCAAUGAGGCUUUGACCUUAAUGAAAGACCUUUUGCAGUGGGACCCGAAGAAAAGGCCGACAGCUGUGCAGGCGCUGAGGUACCCCUACUUCCAAGUGGGCCAAGUGCUGGGCCCUCGGACACAGACUCCCGACCUCCGCAAGCCACAGGUGAAAUCAACGCAGCCCAGUGAGCCUAAACCUGAGCUGCAGUCAGCCUCGGAGCCAGUCCUACGCUCUCAGGCCAAGACCCAAGGCAGGAGCUUCCAUCAGCCACUCCAGCAGAUUCCACUGCCUCAGGCAGACCGCCAAGCUGAGCCUCUGCCACUUAAUACACAAAAGAGGUCAGUGGGAAAUGAGAAUAGCCUGUCUGGGCUGAAGAGUGGGCGGAGGCGCUGGGGGCAGACCAAGCCCUCGGACAGCUGGGACGAAUCAGAUCGCUCAGACACUGCUGCAUCCACCUCCAAGAAACCCAGCAUGGGCAUAGAAGAGGACAAAACAAGCAAGGAGUGUAUUUCUCAGCCAAAGGAACAAAAACCUCUUUACACUUUUAGCACUGUGACAAAACUACCAAGCAACAUCAAAAUGAACCAGCCAGACUCCAAUCUUCAGAGCACCUCCUCAGCCAGACAGCAUUACCUGCGCCAGUCAAGAUACCUGCCUGGCUUGAUAAGUAAGACCACGCCAUCAGCUGGGGAAAAGGAGUCUCAGAGAGAUAACAUGUCAAACCACCCCAACAAACCACUUGCUCCUAUUGGAGGAGCACCAGUUACCCGAGCCAGUCCAGAAGCAGAAGAGAGUGGCCCUAAAGCCUCAGAUAAGCCCAGAGAAAGGAUACUAGAGAAAAUUGAACAGCCCAAAGGAAACUUUAUCAGCACCACAUACAAUCUCUCUGGAGGUUAUAUCCCAUCUUUCCAGAAGAAGGAGGUUGGAUCAGUCGGCCAGAGAAUUCAGCUUGCACCAAUUGGAAACCAGCAUGCCCUCGAUCUGUCCACCACUGCCGAUUCUAAAACUGGCAAAACAAAACCUUCAAAGCCAAAACCUGCCGCUUCCUCUUCACUGAAUGAGAGUACUGAAGAUUUCGAUGGGUGGAAAAGGAGAGCAGAAAGAUCCCAGUUCAAAGGAUCAAGUUACUCAGCUUUGGGGAAGAACUCUGGAAACCCCCUUUCUCGCGCGGCUCCUGUCCAACCCGUCCAUGGUCGAGUGGACUGGGCAGCAAAAUAUGGAAGUCAUCGGUAGCGUGUGCUCAGAUUAGCUCAAGUGGUACGGAGCAGGCCAUCUGGACUGAAGUGGGGCCUUGCUGCAACUCUGCUAAUUACGGAGUAAAAACCGAUGCUAUCGAGAAGCUGCUAAAAAAUCACUCCAAGUUUCUUGUUUGGACAUGUGGAAUGUCUUCAGCCUGACACAAUGAUAUCAUCCCUGCAGUUUCAUUAUUAAAAUGUGCUUUAAUUAUACAGGGGGCCUCU